UUUCAAGUGUAGUUGUGAGCUUCUCCAGAAACGGGUUUAAUAGAAGCCUUACAAGAAAGCCAAAACAUGUUGUUUCUGACUCAGAUGGCUUUGCUGCUUCUGUCUGGGAUCAAAGAUGCUGUGAGCAGGAAGACUGCAGAAACACCAGAACUUAUUAAAGCAAGACUAGGAGAGCCUCUUACCUUAGACUGCACCUACAACUGCUCCUCUGGGUUUAUUCGUGGUCACUGGAAAUGGGAAGAUAAGCCAAAAUGUGGAAGCUGUCUUUGGGAGAAAAAAGACAUCCAGGGGGAAGACAUGUGCACUGUACGCUUGACCACUCGUAAUCUGACACUGGAGCAGACCCUGUACAACUACUCAUGUGUCUCUGAGAAGAAUGAUGACCAGCAUCUUCCUCUGAAAACAGAGCGGCUAAUAGCGCUGCUAAUCCAAGAUAAGACCACAGCACCAGUCACCCCUCAUACAGUGCCUUUAGAUGUGUCUAUGAAGGUGGUGAUUUACAGGAAUGAGGAAAAUGACCCAGUUGAAGUGAUGUCAUCACAUUCCAUCAAAGUGCCAGUGGGAACCCAACUAGAACUGAAAUGUCUUUCCACUGUCACACAAUGUGGGGGCCAGUGGACGAAGGAUCAAGGCACCCUUCCAAAAGCAAGCGCUGAGUCUCUGCUACAAUGGGAUAAGAUUACAGAGGAGGAUGGAGGAAGCUACACAUGCUAUGCACAACAGCUUUGUACCAGCCAGAGGAUCACCGUCAGUAUAGAAGUCAUUAAAGAGGAUGAAUUUGUGUGGAUCAGGGUCUUAGCAGCUAUAACACUGUCUGCAGCAUUUAUGCUUCUGCUUCUGCUGAUAUUCCUGUGUUACAAAAGGAAACGCAGUUUGUCCGAUUCAGAGGAUUCAUCUGCUGUAAUUUAUGAGAACACAAGAAUCAAAAAUGAAGCCACAGUCCUCAAGCCCGUAGUACAAGGUGAUUGUUUUAUUCACUGUUUGUUUUCUGAUGUAUUCCUUUGA